UAUAAAUCAGUCAUUUUCAUUUUGGAAGACUUAUUCAAACUUUGUUGGUGUGAUUUACCUACACAAUGGGCUCUAUUUUGUCACGAUUCAGUUCACGUAAAGAUGAAAAAUCAGACACAGAUUCACGUUCAGCAACUACUAUACGCAAACGUUUUAGUUGGAGAUCUAAUAAAAAGCCAGCUGAUGUCGGUGGUACUUCAGUGAACCGAUCAAGUACUAUGCCUGCAAGAACUAGAUUACAACCAACUGAAGAAACUCCUGAAGACAGAAAACAUGAUGACAUUUUUGAUAGUGAACAAGAUGAAAAGAGUUGUUCAAAGUCUGUUGUCAAACCAAAUCAAAAUGACGAUACUUCACAACAUUCAAGUGGACAACUGGAAAAACACAAUGUAGAAUGCGCUAAAAAACCUAUCGUAUGUGAAAUACCUGGGGGAAAAGAUGAGAAACAACCUAUUCAAAUUUCAUCGACUAAUGAACCAGAAAACAAAGAUAAUAUGGCAAGGACGAUUUCUACGGAAGAAGCUGAACUGUUGAUUGGCCGUGUUCUACCAAAUCAGGAAAAUGUUAGUCCUCAUGAAAAUAUAACUGUAUCAGCAACAAAUAGUUCUCUUACUCAUGAUAAUAUAAAUUUCAAUCAUACUGAAGAUCUAAUAGUUAAUAAACAACAACUACAAGAAACAUUGGACCACUCUAUUCAUGAUUCUUGUCUAACGAUGGACCAACAAGAAAUUACUAAAGACCAGAAUGGAUUUGUUGAUGAUACUCAGCAUCAUUUUGAAGAUAAGACAGAUUUAUUAAAAGAUGAUAUCCACUCUGAAAUAGUUCGAGAAGAGAUAAAAUUGGAGCAAAAUCCACCAUUAUGUCUUUCUCCAGAAGAGAAAGAAGAAUUUGUGCAUCAGGAUAUCCGUAGAAAUAACAGUAAUGAACAGUUAAACGCUGAAAAUGAUAUUAUAAAACAGGAAGGUGAAGAAAAUCUGAGUAUUGAAGGUUCUAGUCAUAAUGAAGUUAUGCAGUCUUCACCGGCGGUAUGCUUUUCUCGUUCAAAUGUAGUUGAAUAUCCACCUCCUGAGCAGACACACCUUGUUGAUAUAGAUGAACAAACGUAUAAUCAACAAACAAAUGAUAUUUCAAACAUUCAAUCUUCAGAAACUGUUGGAGAGAAAGAUUUAAUCCAUGAGCAGAUUGUACAGAAUGAGUUAUUGGAAUGUUCAGCUGAACCUCAUCCAUUCCAUAAUCUAUCUAACAAUGAAGAAUUCUCUAAUUCAGAACUUAUUGACACAGAUAACAAGGUGAAUUUCGUUGAAACUGAGAAUGCAUUAGAUAACGUAAUUUCAGAACAUGUCGAACAGAAUGAUGUAUUCCAAGAAACAAUGGAAAAAGAGUUCAACGAAAUCUUAAUCAAUUCAAGUGAAACAAAAAUUUUGUCGGCUGAUGAACCACCUAUUAAUUUGAAUGAUGACAUAAAUGCAAAACAAACCGAGAAUCUCUCUCACCAUAAAGACACAGAGCAUGAAGCACCGAUUGACGAGGAGGAAACACUCAAUGAAUUAGAUAAAUGCUUAUCUCAACCAGGUUUGACAUAUGAUCCAAUGCAUAGUGUAUCUUCUAUCACCACGGAACCUAUUAAUUUAAAUGAUGAUAUGCAUGUUGAACAAACUGAGAAUCUCUCACACUCUGAAAACAUGGAGUCUAUUAAUUUGAAUGAUGAUAUACAUGUCGAACAAACUGAGAAUCUCUCUCACCAUAAAGACACAGAGCAUGAAGCACCGAUUGACGAGGAAGAAACACUCAAUGAAUUAGAUAAAUGCUUAUCUCAACCAGGUUUGACAUAUGAUCCAAUGCAUAGUGUAUCUUCUAUCACCACGGAACCUAUUAAUUUAAAUGAUGAUAUGCAUGUUGAACAAACUGAGAAUCUCUCACACUCUGAAAACAUGGAGUCUAUUAAUUUGAAUGAUGAUAUACAUGUCGAACAAACUGAGAAUCUCUCUCACCAUAAAGACACAGAGCAUGAAGCACCGAUUGACGAGGAAGAAACACUCAAUGAAUUAGAUAAAUGCUUAUCUCAACCAGGUUUGGCAUAUGAUCCAAUGCAUAGUGUAUCUCCUAUCACCACGGAACCUAUUAAUUUAAAUGAUGAUAUGCAUGUUGAACAAACUGAGAAUCUCUCACACUCUGAAAACAUGGAGUCUAUUAAUUUGAAUGAUGAUAUACAUGUCGAACAAACUGAGAAUCUCUCUCACCAUAAAGACACAGAGCAUGAAGCACCGAUUGACGAGGAGGAAACACUCAAUGAAUUAGAUAAAUGCUUAUCUCAACCAGGUUUGGCAUAUGAUCCAAUGCAUAGUGUAUCACCUAUCACCACGGAACCUAUUAAUUUAAAUGAUGAUAUGCAUGUUGAACAAACUGAGAAUCUCUCACACUCUGUAAACAUGGAGUCUAUUAAUUUGAAUGAUGAUAUACAUGUCGAACAAACUGAGAAUCUCUCUCACCAUAAAGACACAGAGCAUGAAGCACCGAUUGACGAGGAAGAAACACUCAAUGAAUUAGAUAAAUGCUUAUCUCAACCAGGUUUGGCAUAUGAUCCAAUGCAUAGUGUAUCUCCUAUCAACACGGAACCUAUUAAUUUGAAUGAUGAUAUACAUGACGAACAAACUGAGUACACUUCACCUUCUGAAUACAAUGUAAAUAAUAAUAUAUCUACGGAAAAGUUCAUUGACACAGUAGUGGAGAGCUCAGCUGAACCAGUUAUGGAAUGCGAUUUCUCGUCAAAUGAGUCACGUUUUACAUCAGAACUGGUAUUAAGUGAAGAAAAUAGAGAAGCUACUACAGACGUUGACUUAGAACAUCCUACUGAAGAUAUUAGAUCAGAAGAUAUUCAUCAUAAGCAAAUAAAUGACACUGAAAUUUUAACUACACUCGAAGAAUCAGUUAACCAGCAAAAUACAAUGAACUUGACUCAUAUUGAUGAUGAAAUUGAUCAGCAUCAAAUACUUGAAGUAUCGUACAAUGAAAAUCAUUCUAAUGUUCCACUUAAUGGAGAUACCAUCGAUGUAAUCACUUCAGACAAUUUACAUACAAAUGUGAUAAGUGAAAAUGAUGUACUUAAACAACAGGAUGUGUUCAAUUCAAUGUCAAUGAAUGAUGAUAACGAUAUCAUGAAGAAUUUAGAAAAUUCUAAAAAUAAUGAAAUUCAUGAAUUUGAAGAUGAAGCCCAAUCUUUAGUUCAAUCUGUUUUAAGCAAUGCUAAAGAAUUUGUCAUUAAUGAGAAUAAUUUUGAUAAUCACUACAACUCUGAUAACAUGAAUACAAAUCUUAACUUGACCAAUAAUAAUAGUAACAAUAAUGAUUAUCUUACUACUAAUAAUAACAAUUCAAUGAAUGAAGAAGAUACUAUUGAAAUGAAACAAGAUAUAACAAUGAAAACAUCAAUGGAAUUUGAUCAUUCUGAUCUAUCUGAAUUAAAUAAUCAACUUUUAAAGAACACAAAUGAUCUUGCCAUAGCAUAAAUACAGUAACAACAACAACAACAACAACAACAAAAAUGACACAUCGUUCUUCUUUUCUUUUUUUUUUGGUGACAUUAUUUGUACACAUCAAAGAAACCUAUGAUAUGUUCAUCAUUAGUCAAACUCAAUGAAAAUCUAAUUGUUCUUGUUAAAUUUAAGUAAGUUUCAUUGUUGUAAUUAACCUGACCAUUAAUAAGACAGAGAUAACUACUACUACUACUAAUUCUCGGUUAUUGAUUGAUACUAUAUAUAGUUCCGUUUUGCCUAUCAAUGCUUUCCGAUUAGUUUAUUAACAUUAUCUUGAUCAUUGUUAUUCUAUGAUUGACUAUGGUUUACAUUUCAUAUAUAUAUAACAAUAAUCUUAUCCAAUUAUUUCAUCUUUGUAUUUUUUUCAUUAUGCAUUUUCCUAUUUGAAACGAUUUAUGAGACAGGAGUAAUUUUUUUUUUUGGAUUCACAAUCAAGACUGUAACCAUAUAUAUAUAUUUUAUACAACGAAUUGACAUUGCUUUUGUUUGAACCGAGUGUUUUGUAUUAGAACAAAAAGUAUAUCCAUCUUUUUUUCUUUUUGUGGAGAAAAUAAAAAAAAUAAAAAAUUGUUCCCAUGAAUAAUCAAUCGAUGUUUGCUUUAUUUUUUACUGCUUUACCAUCUGACGAACUAGUUUGUUGCUAUGGCAUGAAUGAUUGGAAUAUCUUCUCUGUGUUUUUUUUCUUAAAAUUGUCAUGUUCUUUUAUUGAUUUUAACUUUAAUGCUUACUUACUUAAAUAAUGAGUAGUUUCUUUUUGUCAUUUUUCCCAGUAAUGAAUUCAUUUGUGUAGUAUCAGUUUUGUUGUGCUACAACCCACACACACACACAGUAUGCUUAUAAUCUUGUCUUAUUUUUUUAUUAAUAAAAAGACAAAUUACCAUUUUGGUUACUUGAUUGUUAAAUAUUAAUAUUCCUAAUUAUUAUUACGAAGAAGAAAAUAAAACACAAUUACAUUGAUUAUAAUAAUAAUUUACUAUUCUAACUCUAUUUGGGUUCCUUUUAUUUUUUUAAAACUAUGUGCGUUGACGUCAUUGAAUCUAGUGAUUACUCAGAUAGGUCGUCGUCAUCAUCAUCAUCAUCAUCAUAGGUUGCACCUACGUGUGAUUAUCUCUCUCUCUGCGUGUGUGUGUGUGUGUACACACACUCGAACAUGUAUCAUUCCAAUAUUUAGUAACCGCUGAUAAUGAAAACGAUGAUGAUAAUGAUUAUCAC